CAUUCCUACUUAUCAUCGCCAUAUUUUCUAGUAAUAACGCGAUUAAAUAAUGUAUUAUCCGGCAAAUUAAGUAAUCAAUUUUUUAUACAAAUCUCAGCUGAUAUCAGUGACCACAUCUUUAUACUUUAAUUUUCCACAGCAAUGGCUUCCCUAAUCGUUGCCCGCACCUUUCCAGUCGUACAACGAACAGUAAAGCAACUCUUAAUAAACGACCCCUUAAAACGCCACUCCCAAACUCGAAUCAUCCAGUACAUUAUACCCACAUACACCCAACACCGUUUUUACGCCGAAAAAAAAGUCUUUGAUAGAACAAAACCCCACUGUAACGUGGGAACAAUCGGGCACGUAGAUCACGGUAAGACCACUCUAACAGCAGCCAUCACUAAAGUCCUAUCUGAUAAAAAGCUAGCAGACGUGAAACGAUACCAAGAUAUCGACAACGCUCCUGAAGAAAAAGCCAGAGGUAUCACAAUUAACGUAGCUCAUAUUGAAUACCAGACUGAAAGCAGGCACUACGGCCACACGGAUUGUCCCGGCCAUGCCGAUUAUAUUAAAAACAUGAUCACGGGGGCUGCGCAGAUGGACGGAGCAAUUCUCGUAGUGGCAGCCACUGACGGCGUUAUGCCCCAAACACGUGAACAUUUACUCCUCGCUAAACAAAUCGGCGUUGAGCAUCUCGUCGUUUUUAUCAACAAAGUCGACGCUGCGGAUAAAGAGAUGGUCGAGCUUGUGGAGAUGGAAAUUCGCGAGCUGUUGACCCAGAUGGGUUUCGAUGGCGAUAAAGUACCAAUUGUGACAGGGUCUGCGCUGUGCGCACUUGAAGGGAAGAAUCCGGAUAUUGGGGCAGAGUCAGUUUUGAAAUUGUUACAAGAGGUGGAUAGUUAUAUUCCCACGCCUAUUAGGGAGUUGGAUAAGCCAUUUUUGUUGCCGGUGGAACAUGUGUAUUCGAUUCCCGGGCGUGGGACUGUUGUUACUGGAAGACUGGAGAGAGGGGUUCUUAAGAAGGGGAACGAUUGUGAGUUUGUCGGGUUUAGUAAGGUGCUGAAGAGUACUGUAACGGGGGUGGAGAUGUUCCAUCAGAUUCUGGAAGAGGCGCAAGCUGGGGACCAAGUAGGGGCUCUUGUUAGGGGUGUUAAGAGGGAUGAUAUCAAGAGAGGUAUGGUUAUGGCAAAACCAGGCACUGUAAAAAGUUACGACCAUGUAGAAUCUCAAGUCUACAUUCUGAGCAAGGAAGAAGGUGGCCGCAUGAAACCUUUUACCUCAUUUAUCCAACUUCAGAUGUUUUGUAGGACGUGGGAUUGCGCUAUACAGGUGACAGUUCCUGAUAAAGAAAUGGUGAUGCCUGGAGAAGACUCCAAGUUGGUUCUAAAGCUUAUGCGUCCUAUGGUUUUGGAACAAGGGCAGAGAUUUACUCUUAGAGAUGGGUCUCAAACCCUUGGUACCGGUGUAAUCACAAAAACGUUACCUUUGUUGACGGAAAUGGAGAGGCUACAACUGGUGGAAGGAAAGAAAGCCAGGGAGAAGAGAGAAACUCAGGCUCAAAAAUAAUUUUCUAUUGAGUGUUUUGAUUGCGUUAUAGUUUACAAAAUAGUAUGAUUACUAUUUCCUAAGUUAUUACUUUGUACUUGCGAAUAAAUUUAAUGACAGUGCGACGUUCUGUGAAAAUAAGUUUAAAAAUGUAAAUCUGAUAACAAUGAA